UAGUUGUCUGCAGGCAAAGAUGGCGGUGCGGAAGAAAGACGGCGGCCCGAAUGUAAAAUAUUUCGAAGCGUCUGAUACCGUUUCUCAGUUUGAUAAUGUCCGCGUCUGGCUGGGAAAGAAUUACAAAAAGUACAUCCAGGCCGAGCCCCCCACCAACAAGUCUCUGUCCAGCCUGGUGGUCCAGCUGCUCCAGUUCCAGGAGGAAGUAUUCGGUCGACAUGUCAGCAACCCUCCUCUCACCAAGUUACCUAUGAAGUGUUUUCUGGACUUCAAGUCAGGUGGGGCUCUCUGCCACAUCCUGGCUGCCGCCUACAAGUUCAAGAGUGACCAAGGAUGGCGCAGGUUUGACUUCCAGAAUCCGUCGAGGAUGGACCGAAAUGUGGAGAUGUUCAUGACGAUCGAGAAGUCCUUAGUGCAGAACAACUGCCUGACGAGACCCGUCAUCUACCUGAGCGCUGACAUAGAGCCAAAGCUGCUGGGGAAACUGAAAGACAUAAUUAAAAGACACCAGGGCUCAGUGACUGAGGACAAGGCCUCCAGCUCCCAUGUUGUUGUUCCCAUUCCCACCAGUCUGGAGGAAGAGGAGUGGGUGCGUCCUGUGAUGAAGAGAGACAAGCAAGUGCUGCUCCACUGGGGAUAUUUUCCUGACAGCUAUGACACCUGGAUCCCAGCCAGUGAAAUCGAGGCUGCAGUGGAGGAUCCUCCCAGCCCAGAAAAGCCCAGAAAGGUCCACGCAAAGUGGAUUUUAGACCUGGACCAGUAUAACGAGUGGAUGAACGAGGAGGAUUAUGAGGUGGGAGAGGGCUGUCCUAAGAGGAAGAGGAUCUCUGCCAAGACCCUGACAGACGAGGUGACCACACCUGACGAGCGGAGGGACAAGAAGCCCGGCAGUGCCAAGAAGAGGAAGCGCUCGCCAUCACCUUCCCCCACUCCUCCGCCUCAGGAGAGCAAGAAGAAGAACACAAAAAAGGGGCCAACGACCCCGUACACCAAGUCUAAACGGGGCCAGAGGGAGGAGGAGCAGGAGGAUCUGUCCAAGGACCUGGAUGAAGCAUCACCUGUUGCAGCAUCUGAAGAAGGAAACCCAGCAAAGACAAAUAACACGAAGAAGGACUCUGAUUCAACCCCAGUCAAGGGAGGGACAGAUAUGGAUGAGCAAGAAGAUGAGUCCAUGGAAACAACUGGAAAGGAAGAGGAGGAAGGAUCUCCCAGUGUUAAAGGUGAACCAGUGAAAGGAUCAGACCUUCAUGAGGACAACGUGACUGAACAAACCCACCACAUCAUUAUACCCAGCUAUGCUGCCUGGUUUGACUAUAACAGUGUUCAUGCCAUUGAGCGCAGAGCCCUGCCAGAGUUCUUUAAUGGAAAGAACAAAUCCAAAACCCCGGAGAUUUAUCUGGCCUACAGGAACUUCAUGAUUGACACCUACCGACUGAACCCUCAGGAGUACCUGACCUCCACCGCCUGCCGUAGGAACCUGGCAGGAGAUGUGUGUGCAAUCAUGAGAGUCCACGCCUUUCUAGAGCAAUGGGGACUCAUAAACUACCAGGUGGACUCUGAGAGCCGGCCCACACCCAUGGGUCCCCCACCCACCUCUCACUUCCACGUACUGGCAGACACUCCAUCCAGUCUGGUGCCUCUGCAGCCCAAGACAGCCCAGACCCCUGCCACCCAGCAGAUGAUGUCAUUCCCAGAUAAAGUGAAGGACAAGCCAGCAGAUCUGCAAAACUUUGGACUGCGGACUGACAUGUACAGCAAGAAGACUGGCUCUACAAAGAGCAAGAGUGCAGCAAGUUCCAUGAGGGAAUGGACAGAGCAAGAAACACUACUACUACUUGAGGGCUUGGAGAUGUACAAGGAUGACUGGAACAAGGUGUCCGAACAUGUGGGCAGCCGUACGCAGGAUGAGUGCAUCCUGCACUUUCUGCGGUUGCCCAUCGAAGACCCGUACUUAGAGGACACCUCCUCGUCUCUGGGCCCUCUCGCCUACCAGCCGAUACCUUUCAGUCAAGCAGGAAAUCCUGUCAUGAGCACCGUGGCCUUCCUCGCUUCUGUUGUCGACCCACGUGUGGCUUCAGCUGCAGCUAAAUCUGCGUUGGAGGAGUUUUCUCGUAUGAAGGAAGAGGUUCCUGCAGCGCUUGUUGAGGCUCAUGUGCGGCGAGUGGAGGAAGCAGCGAGGGUCAGCGGCAGACAGGACCCCCUGUAUGGCCUGGAGGGUAGUGGCAUCGCAGGUACUGGCCUGGAGGAGGGAGAAAGGCCCGAUGAAAGCAGUGAUGAAAGUAAGAGUGACAGUCAAUCAAGUGAGGAGAAGAGAGAGGCCAAGGACAGCAAAGAUGGAGCGACUGAGGAUGAGGAGAAGCAGGCGGAGAAUGGAAAGAAGGAAGAGGAAAGAGGAAGAGAACCUGAAGGAGAAAGAGAGGCGGACAAAACAGAGUCUGAAAUGGGUGAUGGGGAGAAGGAGAAGGAUGGUAAAGAGGGAGCAGAGGAGGGACAAAGAGAAGGGGAGAGUGAGGGAGAAAGGAAGGCUAAGGUGGAGCGUGAUGUGGGAGAAGGAAACCUGGCAACUGCUGCUGCCUCCGCUCUCGCAGCGGCUGCUGUCAAAGCCAAGCAUCUGGCUGCAGUGGAAGAGAGGAAGAUCAAAUCUCUGGUGGCUCUGUUGGUUGAGACCCAAAUGAAGAAGCUUGAGAUUAAACUGCGACACUUUGAAGAACUGGAAACCAUCAUGGACCGAGAGCGGGAGGCUUUGGAGUAUCAGCGGCAGCAGCUGCUGGCUGACCGUCAGUCCUUCCACAUGGAGCAGCUGAAAUACGCUGAGAUGAGAGCUCGCCAGCAGCACUUCCAGCAGAUUCAGCACCAGCAGCACAGCCAGGCCGGGGGCCCUCAUGCCAACCAGGCAGCCCCAGGCCCACCACCCCAAGGGGUAACUGCAGCAAGUCAGCAAGCUCCCAGUACACCAGCGCCGCAGCCGGCCCCCAGCCCUGCACCACCAGCCUCUUCUGCCCCAGCCUCCGAGUCCCAGCCUGCCCCAGGCGCUCACACCUCACCCCCCUGCCCCCCUGGCCAGCAGGCCCCGGCUGCUCACUCCAGCUCCAGCACUACACCUGUACUCCACGGUGAAAGCCCAGUGCCCCUCUCCCUGGGGAAGCGCUCCACCCCUCAGCUCCAGUUCCUCCUCCACAGUGAGAAAAAAUAAAUUGCCUGAGAAUCCGAAUGACUCUGACCACUUUGAAUCCUGCCUGUAUCAUCUGAAAUGAAGAAGUCAUCAACUGAAGGAAGUGAACACAUUUUACAUUUUCAGAUUUUUUUUCCCCCCAACAAGACAAUUUGAUGUGAGAAAGAAAAAAUACCAUCUAAAUCAGUCCACCUCUGCAUUGACUGUAUGUUAUAAAAUGAAGUCCUUUUCAAAUUGAAUCGACUAUGAAGAGAAUUCAUCCUGUGUGGCUGACUGGACAGCCACAUCUCACUUCAUAAUUUUAAGCUUAACACCAGAGAACUGGUAAACUUAGAAGGUCUUACCAACAUGCUGGCACUCAAGGAGAAGAAGAGAAAAGACUCAUCUUGUGUUUUCAGUGUUUUGGAAAUUGUUGCAUUUAUUUUCCUGCAACAGUUUGUCACAGUUUGUGAAGUCUCGUGCUUCAUAAUCUCUCCAGUCCCCCUCUUGUACUCCAGGUACUAAAAUAUAUGUAAGAAAAAAAGCACUUUUAAUAUGUUUCCCGAGGUCUCAUUGAAAAACUUGAAGCAUCCAUGAAAUUGAACUUUAGCACUUAUGAUAUCGUCCUUAUGUUGUCUUAAAUACUUUUCAUACUGAAAGGAUUGAAGACAUGAUUGGGAAUCUUAGUUUUUCUCUAUUUUUAUUUGUGUUACAUGGACAAACGGUCACUCUACAGGGUCUGGCCUGAAGGUCACAUGUCUAAAACGAAUGAAACGUAUGUAAUGAAUGAAAAAGAUUCAAGUUGAAGAAGCCAGUUUGAAAUUACAUGAACUUAGUUUGGAUGCAGUUUGGGAAAACGUACUGUAAACUGGAUUUUCUGUUACAAACACAAGCUUUUGUUACCCUGUAAGGAUAAUAUGAGAAAUAUUUGAAAGUACUGACAGCUUGAGGUCCUGAAAAGACCUCCUUUUAAAUGUCUUAAAAUGUUUGUGUCCCACACUUUUUAGCAGCACUUAUUGAAACCCCACGUCAGUGUGGAGCUUCAUGUUUUGCAAGUGCGGAUGAGCUCAAAGCAUCCGAGCUGCAGUUUUGUGAGGAAUGUAGUUUUGCUCGAAAGGAAUGACUGAAAAGAAAGUCUGGGAAUAAUAAUACUGUACUUCUAUCAGUGACCACAUAUGUGUUUAUUCAGAAUUUGACUUUGUGUUGAUUGCCAAACCAAAAUGUUUUUAUAGUCAUGUUUAUCUCACAUUUAUUCGGUGAGUUUUAUUAUGGUUGCUUGGGAAUUGAAGAGGAUUUUUAGCAGCUUGUUUUUGCGCCGGUGCAUUUCACGUUACAGAUGGAAGAAAUGUUAACGCUGUCAAAAAAAACAAGGGAGCACCUUAAACAGCUGACAAUGGAGAAUUGUGUCCUUAAUAUCUGCAACAAUAUCCUCACUUUUUAUCCUAUCAAUUUUUAUAUUUUUUACUGUCUGUUUUUCCAUCCUCUUUCUUUGAUAUGUCAACAUUGUAACUGUAUAUUAUUACCUUUGUAGCCGAUAUUUACCCUCUCCAUCGUUGUGUAUGAUUCGGACAUUUCUUGUGGAUCUGUCCGAGACGUGACUGUGAGCAUGUGUGUAUGUGAACGCAUGCCAUUAAGAUCUGUAAACCAUAUUACCCUUCAGUUUUCUUUUCAGUGCCAUCUGUUGUGUGUGUUCACCAAGUUUGAAGAAUUAAAAAAAAAAAAAAAAAAAA